AUGGAGCGGGAUGGUCAGCAUGUCCUGAGCGGAGGGGAGAGGGACAGCAUGCUAGAGGCCCAAGCGAAGACAGGACAGCCAGCGUGCCCUGAGUUGAGUGGGACGGCCAGUGUACCCCGAGCAGAGAUGGGGAAGAUUGUUGGACUGGGGACCAAUACUGGUAUUCAGCGGCUUGUGAGCCUGGUCAGACCAUAUGUGGAAGCCUCCUGCUUUGAUCUACAGCAAGGCAAUUAUAGAAAGACUAAACUAGAAGACACUGUACUGAACCCAGAGUUGAGUGGAAAGGACAGGAGUCUGACUGUUCGUGGAGCGGGCGAGGGCACGACACUAACUACAGUCCCUGCUCGAAUCCGAGAGAUAGUUACCAAGAAUUUAACUGAGGAAAGAAUGGAAGGCCCACAAGAUAGGAGUUCCAUGGCCAGUCUCCGGGAAGAGAAUUCAGUGCUGCAGGAGGAACUGUCCCGACUGGAAGACCUUUUGGCACAGAGUCACGCUGAGCGUGAUGAACUAGCUAUCAAAUUCCGUGCUGUCAGUGAGCGGUUGGAGAAAUCACUCAAGGUUGAAGUUUCUGAGUGGGAGCAAAAGGGGACUGAGUCAAAGGCUGUGUCAGAUCUCCGCCGUCAAUUUGAGAACGAAGAAAGGGUUUAUAGGCGAAAGCUUCAGGCAUAUCAAGAUGGACAACAGCGUCAGGCUCAACUUGUACAAAAGCUUCAGGUCAAGGUCCUGCAGUAUAAGAAAAGAUGCGGUGAGCUGGAACAGCAGGUUCUUGAGAAGACCUCUGAGUUGGAACAGCAGAAAUUACAGACCCGUGUAGAGACAGUGGAAUCCCGCUUGAGGAGAACAGAGUAUGAGCACAGCACUGAACUGGAGACUACCCUCAUUCGGCUGGAGGAGGAACAGCAGAGAAGCAGCAGUCUAUCCCAAGUUAAUGCCAUGUUGCGGGAUCAACUGGAACAAGCCAACACAGCCAAUCAGCGGCUUAGCGAGGACAUCCACAAGAUCACAGUUGAUUUUGACAUAGCUAGGAAUGAACUGGAGCGGAGGGAAAUGAAGCAGCGGUGGGACCAGGAGCACUAUGGCUUGCACCCUUGUGGUGAACGUAGCAAACUGCUGGUCCUCUGGCAGCAGGUGACUACAGUCCGCAGUAACCUAGCUGACUUGAAGAGCGGGACAGAGCGGAGCCUCCUGGAGAUGAAGGCUGAUGUCGCCCGCACAUCUCGGCGCCUGCAGACAGCCUGCUAUAGUCUGGACUCCAACUUGCGCCUAUGUCAGGCGGGUGCCACCUCGACGCUUGAGAAGCACACGGCACAAAGUGGACGGCUUGAACAGCAGCUCCGUGAUAAGGUCAAGGAGAUGCUUCAACUGCAGAGCAAGUGUGAUGCAGAUAAGGCAGAGCUCCAUGCAAGAAUUCAUGAGUUAUCUGUUGCCAUGGAGAGGCUGAAGAUGCAGAAUGCUGAGAAGGAGAGGACAAUCAUGUUGCUCAAGCGGACUGUGGAGAAGUUGGAAUCGAGCAAAACUGAAAUUACAAGUGAAACCUUGGCAAAUGAAGCUCUAAGAACUGAGAUAGAAUCCUUGCAGCAAACCUUGCACAACAUUGCUCAGGUUGCUGUUGCUGACGCAGAGUCGACGAGUUUGCUGUCUCUGGGAGGGGCUGCUAAGGGAGCUGAGAUGGCUACUGGAAGGCUUGGCUCACCUCUCCUUUCACGGUCUCCGGCGCUUAGCACACCUUCCCCUCGCAGGCACAGGUCACCAACUCGUUCCCAGUCACCGCUGCGCAGCAUGUCGCCGUCAUUUGGUGAUUCCACAUUGUCUGCAGUCCAAUCAGCCCUGCAGAGGCGGCAGGUCCAGGUGCAGGAGUUUUGUGGAAAAUUGGACACCGUUCAGGAUGCAGUCAGUUCUUUGAAGAAGCAGCUGGGGGAGAGUGAGAGUGAGCGGAGGCAACUCGAGCAGAAGAUGAUGAAGCUGAAAGAUGAAUCGGAGUCUUUAGGCCGAGCCAGGGAUGAUGCCAAGAGGGAUUCAGCGCGCUAUCGAUCCUCCCUGGAAAUCAUUGGAAGUGAGAAAGGUAACUUGGAGAAGUUGGUACAUUCUCUGAACCAACAAAUCGAUAACUUGCAGAUGGAUGUGGAGCAAAUAAAAACAAUGAAUGGUGACUUGCAACGCCAGCGAGCUCACCUGGAAGAUGAGAAAGAGGAGUUACACAAAGACAAAGAGCAAGCCAAGAAAGAAGUUGAGAGAGGGCAGAAGGCAUUGGAGCUGAUGGAAAGCAAGAACUCAACUUUGAGAAAAGAGUUGGUCAUUGUUAAAGAAGCCUUGAACAAAACUACAUUGGAGAAGGAAGUGUUACAGAAUGAGAAGGCUGACUUGGCUGAGGCUCUCAGCAAGGCUGAGCUGACUAAUGCAGACUUGGAGUUGUCCUUAAGCAAGCUGAAGACCGAAGAAGAUGCUCUGCGAGACACUCUUGCGAAGAUGAGCGCGUUAAAUGAAGGAUUAGCUCAGGAUAAAGUUCAAUUGAAUCGUAUCCUCCUGCAGAUGGAAAAUGACAGAUCGGCCCUGCAGGGACAGAAGAAAGAGAUUGAAAAGGCAAAGGCUAACAUCCAGGAUGUGUUGGUUCGUGUAAAGCAGGAGAAAAUGGAGCUGGACACAGAGAAACACGGCCUGGAUCAGUCUCUGCAGAUUGUGGAGCAAAGCCGUGAGCAGCUACAAUGUGAAAUAAUGAUUGUCCGACAAGAGAGAGACCAGUUCCAGGAGCAGCUUGGGCAGGUAAACAGGCAAAAGCAGGCUCUGAGUGAACAGCUGGCCCAAAUACAACGGGACGUAGAACUUCAAAACGAAGGAAUCCUCCGAGCCAGCAAAGAGAAAGAGGAACUGCAGAAGGAUAAAGCCAACCUGGUGGUGCAGCUAACAGCAGCUGAGAAGGAGAGCAGGGCUCUGGGUGAGGAGGUGGCUGGCCUCAGGGCAGACAAGGAAGCCUUAGAGACCAAUUUGUUUGAAUCCCAGCACCUAGUUUCACAGCUGGAAACUCGUAAGGAGCAGUUAGAGGGAGAGAACCAGACCAUCCUCCUUGCUGAGAAAUCACUUCUAGUGGAAAUUGACAGUGUCCGCAAGGAGAUGGAGCAACAGCUGAUCAACUUUGAACAGGAUAAAGAGCUAUUGCAACAGAAACUAAAUCAAGUCGAGCAGGAGGCCAAGCUCUCACUGAACAAUGAGAAACUGAUCCAUGAUGAGGAUGUUGAACGCCUCCGGAAAGAAAAGGAGAGCCUACACCUUGAGCUGACCUCAGAGAAGGAUGCGGCCAUUCAAUGUUUUCAACUUGAACGCGAAGACCUAGUCACCCGCUUUGAGGAGGAGAAAGAAGAGCUGAACGAAGAAAUCCUCAGUUUACAAAAAGAGAGGGACGAGAGUCUGAUUCAGGCAGAGAGCCAGAAACAGCAGGCCUUGUGUCUCAAAGAAUCUGAGAAAAAUAUCCUAUUGGAGAAACUCAAUCAGGCCCAACGUGAACUUGGCAAUGCGAACAUGGAAAUCGACCGGGUGAAACGAGACUCAUAUAGUCGGCAGGAGCAUGACAAGAACACCAUUAACAAUCUUAGUGCCGAGCUGAAGACCUUUCAAGGUCAGUUUGAGGAAGCUCUGACCUCCCAUGAGAGAGAAAUCAAAAGUCUCAAUGAGCAGCUUAAAGAUUUAACACGGCAGAGAGAAGUAACUCUCAGGGAGAUGGAAGAGUUAAAGACAAAACUUCGUGUGGUGGAGGAUACUCGGGAUGGAAUUCGUAAGGACCUGAUUGAAUCCCACAGGAAAGUCCGAGAGAAUGAGGAAGCUCAGGAAGUGCAACGGAAAGAGAACCUGGAGCUCAAACGUGUUCUGAAUGAUGAAAUCCGUGAAAAAGAAGCCAUCCAGAAUUCCAAUGAGGAACUCAGGAAUACCAUCAAAAAGAUUGAGAGUGAAAGAAUCAGCUUAAAGAGGGCAAAUGAGGAGAAGGCGCAGAAGAUCAACAUCCUGGAAGAAGCCAAAACUGCAGUUCAGAAUGAGGCAGGAGAGCUGCGCUCCAAUCUACGGGAAGUUGAAAGAUCAAGACUGGAGGCCCGGAGAGAAUUGCAGGAACUUCGACGACAGGUGAGGAAAGGAGACUCCGAGAAAGAGCGGCUGGACACCAUCAAUCAGGGAUUCUCGGAAACUAAGAAAAAGAACCAUGCUUUGGUGGAACGUGUGCAGUUCUUGCAGAAUGCACAGGCAGAUCUGGAGCUGAGGCGCUUGGAGCUGGAGGGACAGAACCGGCAACUCCAGGAGGCACUGCGCCAGUGGCAGGAAAGUGAAAAAGGGGCCCUGAAACAGAUUGAGAAACUUCAGCAAGAAAAACACAUCUACCAGGAGCGAGUGACCAACUUACAGAGAGCUGUUGCCCAAUUGGAGAACGAGAAACGGGAGUUUCAACGUUCAAAGGUCCGCCUCGAGAAGGAGCAAUCUGCCCUGAAGAAAACCCUGGACAAGGUCGAACGGGAGAAGUUGAAGUCUGAAGAAGAUGCCCUGCAGCUCUCAGCCGAGAAGGGACAGCUGGAUCAGUCUCUCACUGGUGCAGAAAUGGAUCUCGCAGAAACACAAAGACAGAUUCAGCAGUUGCAGGUCAGCACUAGUUUAAAGCGACCACAGGUAUUUAAUAACCUUCAUGGAAGCACUGAGAUGGAGCGGAGCCAUGGCCAGCGAUUAAUUGAGCUGACGACCCGUCACCAUCAGGAGCUAGCGAAGGAAACCGAGCGCCUACGGAGUGCUCAUCAGGAGGCUGAGAGGACCCUGCAGGCCAGGGAACGUGCCCACAGGCAGCGGGUGAAAGGGCUGGAGGAACAAGUGGCCACCCUGCAGGAGCAGUUGGAUCAGGAGAUGAGACGAAGACAGGCCUACAUUGCUCAAAUGCUCAGGUCAGGUAAGUAGCAACCCAGACUGGACAGCAUGCCUUCAACUUAUAAAAAUGGAGCCAAUUUGCAUCCAUUGGACAACUGAGAGCUUACUGCACAUCAGAUAACAAAUACUCACAAGGCUUCUAACUCAACAAGAGUUGAGUAACCAUCCUCUGGAAUACAAUCACCUGUGAAAUCUUUGUUUUGAACUGCAAAUCAGACAAACGAAUGACCUUAUAGAACUCUUCCUCGAUCAACAUGAAAUGCCAAGUGAUGUGUAAGCGAGCAAUUCUUACCUGCAAUGCAAUUAUUGGUCAUAACAUCUUAAGUAGCCACUCCAUUUGUUCCAGUUUGCCUAUUUUGCAUACCAAAGGGGGAUUCAAACCCCAUAGUAAGUGCAAGUGUUCCUAAUCCUUCUUACAUAUAACUUCAAUACUGUGAAAGACUGAUAGCUUGAAAUUAUCAUCUUGGAAAGUGUCUGAAACUUCCUCAAAAGCCACUGACUUCUGCAUCUGUCAGAGGAGAGACCCUUGAGGUUUUUGACACUGUUUUCCAAAAAGUGUCUUUUUUUCUGCUGUUCCCUUUGCCCAUUUAAAGGGGAAGGGAUGUUUCAUAAGAGUACAUGAUAAAAAUGUACCAUUCUUAAACUUUACAAGCAUCCUGGAUUUGGAUUUUCGCGAGCGUGUACUAUUACUAGCAUUAUUGAGAGCUUUCCUGUCUGUCCCAGAGAAGCUUAAUUGGAACUUACCUGAUGUCAUUUUGCAUCAGGCAAAUAGUCCU